AUGGCAAAACCAAAGACGAAGAAGAAAGCAAGAGAAGGCGAACAAGACCCAGAUUCAACUAACCCAGUAGCCAUUGAACGCAAGAGACUCAAAUCCCUAGCUUUUUCAAACAACAUACUCUCUGAAACCCAAGCUAGACCUUCAAUUCAUCUUAACCCUUCUUCCAUUCUCGUCAAACAUCACGGCAAAGACAUUAUCAAGAAAUCUCAGAGGAAGAGUAGUAGAUACCUUUUCUCCUUUCCGGGUCUCUUUGCUCCUAUUGCUGGUGGCAAAAUUGGUGAUCUCAAAGAUUUGGGUACCAAAAACCCCAUUUUAUACCUUGAUUUCCCUCAGGGUAGAAUGAAGUUAUUUGGGACUAUCUUGUAUCCAAAGAACAAAUACUUGACUUUACAGUUCUCCAGAGGUGGAAAGAGCGUGAUGUGUGAGGAUUAUUUCGAUAACAUGAUUGUAUUUUCGGAUGCAUUGUGGAUUGGGACGAAAGAUGAGAACCCAGAAGAAGCUAAACUGGAAAUUCCUAAGGAAUUGUACGAGGGAAAACAAGCUGAACAUGACUUUAAAGGGGGUGCAGGAGCAGGUGCAGCUUCUGUAGUUAAUCAAAGUGUUCUUAAAACUAAGAUAAAACGUACAGAGCAAGAGUCACCAAAGACACCUCUUGAAGACGAUUCAUCAGACAGUGAGCUUGACUUAACAGACACAAAGGAAUUGGUUCCAGUUCGCCAAUCAGCGAGAACUGUAAAAAAAUCAUACAAAUUUGCUGAAAUUUCUUCUGGUGAUGAUUCUGGUAAAAGCAGCCCUGACAUUUCUGAACACGAAGAAGAAGCGGUAGAAGUUGAUACCAAUAAAGAAACUGCAGUUAUUGACGUCGACAAUGAGGACAAUUCUCCAAAAGAUAAACUCCCCGUGGUUGAAAAGAAAGAACCUGCUUCAGCGUCAAAAUCUAAAAAAGGUUCACUUGUUCAGGCUACUAUAUCCUCAUUAUUCAAGAAAGUGGAAGUAAAGAAGACUCCAACCAAUUCAAAGAAAUCUCCAUCAUCAAAAGCUUCUGGCCAGAAGUUGCAAUCUGCUGGUGCGAAAAGGAAGAUUGACCUGGAUGAAGGAUCUAAGAAAAAGGCAAGAAAGAUCAAGGACAAAAAUCCUGGUGAAAAAGCCAAGGCGAAAAGCAAGAAAAGCGAGGUUGAAGAUGACGAUGACAUUGAAGAAUUUUCAAAUGCUUCAGAGGAUUCUGAUGGAAGCGACGAAGAAUGGAUUGCAUGA